AUUGAGUACUUUAAAUUAAAUAAAAAAUAAUUUUUUUUAAAAUAAAGAAUCACAUUUAUUCAGUCCGGUCCCUGUCCGGGGUUUACCAAUCCAGUUCCGGGCCGGUCCUUAAUAAAUUCGGUCCGGUCAUCGGUCCAAGAAAUAUCCCUUAUUAUAUUCGGUCCCAGUCUGAGUUUGACCCGAUGAACACCCCUAAUUCUGAUAAGCAAUUAAUCAAAGAUCCAAAAAGAGGGGAUUGGUGGCUAGAGUUUGGGUCAGGAAGAAUAGUGGGAUAUUGGCCAUCUUUCUUGUUUACCCAUCUUAGGACAUCUGCUGCAAGCAUGGUACAAUUUGGAGGGGAGGUUGUGAACAGUGACAGCCCCACAACUCACACAUCAACCCAAAUGGGGAGUGGACAUUUUGCCAAGGAAGGGUUUGGGAGGGCUUCUUAUUUUAGAAAUUUGCAAGUGGUUGAUUGGGACAAUAGCCUCCUCCCUUUGCCUAAUCUCAAACUUUUGGCUGAUAAGCCAAACUGCUAUGACAUACAGGGAGGGGUUAAUCAUGUUUGGGGCACUUAUUUUUAUUAUGGAGGGCCUGGGAGAAACUCAAAGUGUCCCUAAAACAAAGUUAUUCAUAGGAAUUUUUUUUUUGUAAAUUUGUAUAAGGAAAGAAAAAUAUAUACCGCAAAUAUAGAUAUGAUUUUGUU